AUGAAGGACGCAAAGAGCAGCCGGCUCAUGGACCAGGAGCAAUAUGUUGAUCUCGUCCCAGGUACCGAGUUGAUGAUAGAUGGCGACUCAGAUCUGCUAGUCCCACAGCCUUCAGACGAUCCUCACGAUCCCCUGAACUGGAAAGGAUCUUGGAAAGCCAUGUGUAUCGCAACCAGCACAGUGAUCUCAAUCACUCAAGGCUUUGGUCCUCUGGCUCUGGCUCCCAUGUUUGGUGAAUAUGUGAAAGCGUUCGACUCGAACCUUCACGAUGUUGUGAAGUUCACUGGCGUGUGUAUCCUGGUCCUUGGAUUUAGCAACUUCAUCUGGGUUCCGAUUAGCACGACUUUCGGUCGACGGCCAGUGCUGAUUUUCUCAACGAUCAUUUGCCUGAUUUCAUCGAUAUGGCGUGGCCAAGCAGCUUCGUACAAUUCCUUCAUGGGCGCAUGUGUCCUGAACGGUAUUGGAGCCGGCCCUGCCGAGUCUAUCCAGCCUGCUGUUAUCGCUGACAUCUUUUUUCUCCGCGACCGAGGCUUCUGGAACACCUUGUACUGGGUGGCAUAUAUGGGUGUCAUGUUUCCCGAGACCAAGUGGCAUCGCCAAAAUCCCUUGGAGUGUCGCACUUCAUCACCUGCAUCCAUGCAGAGCGAUAGCAAGACUGCAAGUAGUGCUGAUGCGAUCGAGGACUCGGAAAAGGAGACUGGACAAAUCGACUGCACUGCCAUUCGAAGCGCCUCAGAGCCAGCAGCGACAGCGUGCCGUUAUCCUUCGCUUGGCAAAGGAGCGCCUAGCUCAUCUCAAUGGGGCAUUUAUACUCCCACCGCCAAUCCAUGGAAAAGUGUCUUGCUCGAUGUCUGGAUCCCAUGGAAGCUGUUCGCCUUUCCAAUCGUGGAGUUCGCGUCGUUCGUCGUUUCUUGGUCUUGCAGUUUCUACUUGACGCUCAACCUUACGCAAGCACAGAAUUUUGCAGCGCCGCCAUACAACAUGAGCUCGCAGACCAUCGGAUUCUUCAACUUCGCAAUUGUAGUGGGCGCGAUGAUAGGGCUUGCAACAGCGGGUCCGCUCAGUGACUGGGUCAGCGCGCGAUCCACGAAGAGAAAUGGCGGAAUCCGUGAACCGGAGAUGCGGUUGCCGGCGAUGAUACCUUACGUGUUGAUCAUGAUCUUGGGCAACUUCAUCGUCGCCUUCGGCUAUGAUCGGAAAUGGUCAUGGGAGAUCAUCGUCCUCAUCGGGUACACCUGCGCUGGCAUUCAGGUGGCAGCCCUGCCAGCGAUUGUUACGACAUAUGCUGUCGACUCCUACAAACCUGUCGCUGGCUCAAUCAUGGUCUCGAUUACGGUCAACAAGAAUGUCUGGGGAUAUGGUUUCGCGGAGUUUAUUACGCCGUGGGUGAUCAGAUCUGGGUUUGUGCCUCCGAUUAUGACGAACAUGUCCUUAAUCACGCUGUGGUGCUUGUUCGGGUUUGUCUUCUUCUUUCAUGGGAAGAGGUGUAGGACUUGGAGCAAGAAUAGCUCGGUGCAUAGGAUCUGA